GGUCUCUCUGCUUCCUGAAGACGGGCGUCCGCGAUGGCCCCAACAAAGGGAAGAGCUUCUACGUGUGCGGAGCUCAGGGCCCGGCAGCCUGUGGCUUCGUCCUCCCGGCGCCUGUUCCUGCUUCUCAUUGCUUGAUUCACGAGGAUUGUGUGGUGGAGCUGCAAAAUGGACCAUGGCACUGUGGUUUGGUUCAUCCAACGCUUAUGGUGGUUACGUUAGAUUCACCAUUUUUCGUUCUGUUAAAGUUCUUGCAACAGUCCUGGUUGUUUUACCGAUGCCUUAAAAGUAAGUUAAAUGGGAAGAAAUGGUGUGGAAACAUCCCAUGGCAGGAUCCAAAAGCUACCAAAGUGUCAAAAGCCUUAGAAUCCCAGACCAACACAGCAUCUCUCUUCAGUACCAGUGGCCAAAGAAAUCCAUUCAAAGUGACAGACAGAAAUUGUGAACCAUCAUCCUGGAAACAAAAUAAGCAAGGAAAUGAAGAGGAAAGUAAAGUAAAAGGAGUAAAAGUGGAGAAAGAGAGUGUGUUGGUGUCACAUAAAGAAAAUAAACUAACCUCCGAUUCCUCCAGAGAGAAGGGACCUCUAGAAGGGGUGAAAACCAAAAAGAAGCUGUCUACGGGAAAUAGGAGUGGUCCAGAACUGAAGGAAAAUUCAGUCUCUGGAUCUAAACUUGGUCCUUCUGAGACUUGGAAAGAAAAAAACACCCUUUGGGAGGAAGAGAAAUAUGGUGGCGGUGGCAGGGAAUCUAAGAAGUCUUCUGAGAGUGUGGAGAAAGAACCAGGUGGGAGAUCAAAGCUUUACCCACUAAAUCCUGGAAAGCAAAGUACAAGUACUGAGAUUCCAGAGGAGAAGCAGCUCAGAGAUAAAAGCUUGAAACACUGUGUGGAUAAAGAAACCAGAGAGAAAGAAUACAUUAGUGGGAAGAAUGUAGAGACAAAAGUGAUGUCUAAAACAGAUGUGAUUUCCCCAGCAGUACCACAUUUGGCACUGCAACAUACUGCCCUGAUGGAAGGAGCGCCACCCAAGACACAGAUCAGGCUAGGUUUGGGACAGCCUGCUGAUGAAGUCACUGUCAGUGAUGCUGAUGAAGUAGGAUUUGUUUAUUCCUCAUCAGGUAAAAGUAAACCUGAGAAAUCAGUUGAGGGUUUGCAGUCAAGAGAGAUUCUUGCAGGAAAAUCAGGGAAGAGCAUGCAGGGGACGUCUUUGCCAGAAGCUGCAGCAUCACAUCACGUGGAAGGACCCCAGGACACUAAAGCUCUUCACAACCGUCUUGUAGUCCAGUUGAAGCAGAAGAAGAGUACAUUGGCUACAGUGAACAUUCAGCUGCUGCCAGAUAAAGGGGAACGGUUACUAAAGCAAGUGCAGGAUUUGGAAGCUGCACUCAGUGCUCUUAACAUUUCAACAACAGACACUACUGAAAAAG